UCCUCCUCCCUCUCCUCCUCUUCCUCCCCGUCUCCCCGCCUCCCCUCUCUCCCUCCUCUUCCUCCCCCAGCAGUGACGUCUCUGGACGUGCCCGGUACCGGCCCGGCUCACAGCACCGUUCGGGGCUCCGGGCCCGGUGUCACCGUCCCGGAGGGGCUGCGGGCACCGCCUGGGGCCGCCCAUGCGGUCGGGGGGCGAUGCGGAGGGCACGGAGCCGGCGGUAGUGCCCGCACCGGGGCCCCCCCCCGGGAGCAUGGGCUGCAUCGGCUCCAAAACUACCAUCGUGGCCGUGGACACGACCCUGUGCGUGGAGUGGAAGGAGGUGAAAGCACUGUCCCCGCUGCGAGCCGCCCGACCGGCCCCAUUGCCCCGCCUGUUGCGCCAGGCCUCCUUCGACAGCCAGGACUUCCUCGAGGUCAAUGUUGAAGACACUGUCGAGAUGCUGCCCAAGUCGCGGCGUGCGCUGACCAUCCAGGAGAUCGCCGCCCUGGCCCGCUCCUCACUGCAUGGCAUCUCGCAGGUAGUGAAGGAGCAUGUGACAAAGCCAACGGCCAUGGCGCAGGGCCGCGUCGCACACCUCAUCGAGUGGAAGGGCUGGUGCAAACCCGUGGAGCCACCCGCUGCGCUAGAGAGCGCCUUCAAUUCCUACUGCCACCUGAGCGAGGGCGAGCAGGAGGCACGCUUUGCUGCAGGCGUGGCAGAGCAGUUUGCCAUUGCUGAGGCCAAGCUGCGUGCCUGGUCCUCAGUGGAUGGGGAUGACUCCAACGAUGAGUCCUACGAUGAGGACUUCAUGCCAUCCUCGGAGAGCUCCCUGCCAGCCGAGCAUCAUCCCGGUGCAGCGCUGCUGCGGGACCUGCUGCGGGGCCACUUAUGCCAGCUGGGAGCACGGCAUGGCUCCUGUGAGCCUGAGAGUGACUCGUCGCACACGCUGUCCCCCGAAACCCUCUGCUCCAGCCUCUGCAGCCUGGAGAUGGUGUCCCCCUCCGAACUCACUGCCAAACUGCUGGGCUCCCUGGGGGGUGAGCUGCCCCCCCCGAGCAGCCAAAGUGCCUUGCGGGGUCUGGUAUGGCCCCGCUGCCAGGACUCGCUGUCCCCCAUGCCCUAUGCCGAGGCCUGCCUCUCGCCUGCCGAGGACGAGGUGGUGCUGAGCAAGGACUUCACGCUCCGCCGCAAAAUCUCUGACGUUGCCUCCUCCGGGGUGGUGUCACUGGAGGAGGAAGAGGAGGAGGAGGAGGAAGAGGAGGAGGAGGAGGAGGAGGAGGAGGAGGCUGAAGAGCCGUGAUGCCCUGCAGGGACCCUGCCUCUCCCCAGCACCGUGCCCCCCAAGACUGAUGGGACCCGAAGCUGUGGGGCUGGCAGUCCGCAUGCAUCCCCUUGCCACCUCUUCUUGAGCACUGAGCCCCCCAUCCUGUUGGCACAGCUGAACCUUUCUGGGCUAAACCCACAGUGCCCCCACUCUGGACCAGGGCUGGGGUGGGAGUUGGGGCACAGAGGCUCUUCUCCUUGCUCCCCGAUGAAUUUUAUACUGUGAACUGCUGCCUUUGGACACGGGGUUCAGGAGGGGGCCAGGGGGGUGCCGAUGUGCCACGGUGAUGGAAGUUUCUAUGCUUUUGUAUGCACGUGGGGGCUGACAUGGGGAGGCUGUGGGUGGGAGUGGGAUGGGCAUGACACCCUCCCUGUGGGAGUAUCCCCAACCAGCCCGAUGGUAGGGGCCCCCAGGUCUGAUGUGGGCCAACCCAGGAUGUGUGACAGGUCCCAUGACUGAUGUCCCUGUCCCCAAGUUGCUCACCCCUAGCAGGGAACCAAGUGCCUACAUGGAGGUGAUCGCCCCCCCUAGUUGUAUCUGGAGGGGUG